GAGAGGGAGCUGGGAGAGGGAGCUGGGAGGAGGAUGAGGAUGAUGGUAACAGUACUCUCUCCCACUACUACCACAAAACACAGCUUCUGAUUGGAUCAGCUUGGACUCCUACGUUUCUCUGAAGGAAAACUUGACUGCUGAGGACCUCUGUUUGACUACUGGAGCCGACACCACAGAGAGGAAUGGACAGAGAGGGAAGGAGAACUAACAAUCAUCUCUGAGUGUGUGGGAGACAGAAAUGCAGAGAAUCUUCAUGGAUGGAAUCUCAAACCUGUGGAUAUACAAGUGAGUGUCUGUUGAUAUCUGGAACCCCAAACAUGAGCAGAUUGCAGUUCAACCACUCUGACGUUUCUGCUGGGGCAGACAAACACCUUUCCUACCAGGCCUGUGCUGCUGUCGAAGGCUUCUGUGAUGAUUUUGACCAGUGGUUAAACUGCAAAAAGGAUUACUGGGAUUCUUAAACUGUCACCUUUUACUACAUACUACAUUUGGAAUAAUUCAACUCGCACUGGCCCAUUCCCCAGUGAGGGGAAAUACACAACAGGCUCCACAAUGGCCACCGGACAGUUGAGACAGAGUGGUGGUGUGAGGGACGUGAUCCCAGAGGAUGGCAGUGACAGGGGAGGAAACUGUGGCAAUGCAGGGAAGUUGGCUGGAGACCGGGGCAGGACAGAGUGGAGAAGGAUAAACCUGCCCAAAAGGAGUAAGAGUUUAGACUGGAGAGGAAGGGGGGCUAGCGCUGGCGAGGGGCUCAGGACGGGGCUGCUGAGGUGUUCUGGGAACCUAGGGGGGUCCACACUUAAACGAGCAGAGAGUUUGGAGAGUAGGGGGGCAGGAGAGAGCAAUGUGUUGUCCAGGGUGAAGGCCUUUAACUCAGUUGGACCAGGGGAAGUGAUGAGCCCCGUUGGGGGGUCAGAGUGUUCCCUUGGUGAAGGGGUGUCCCCUGUGGGUCUAGGGUAUGUGGCUCUAUCUCUGGAGAGGGCCAGUGGGGGCCAGUCCCUCCCCACCAGGCUGAGGUCUAGUCCAGGUCCUGGGUCUGGAACCAGAAAACCAGCCCGUGGAUCUCUUGGAUCCUCCAGGGGUCAGAAUAUCUGGGACCGGAUACAGAAGCUCUAUGGGACUACUGGACCUGAUAAAGCUACUAACAGAGAUGAGGAUGUGAAGGACUCAACCAGAACCAAGCGUCUCUCAGCACCGGUAGGAGACUGGUCUCUAUUGGAGAGGGAUGGGGGGGAUACAGCAGCCAAUCGCAGGAAGUCCACCACAGACUCUGUAUUUGUCUCCCCCCUCUCCUCCCCCUUUUCCUCCCCCUUUCCCUCCCCCCUCAGUGGUUUAUCCAGGGGGGAGAGGAACGGCCUGCUCUCACACACACUCCUGGUAGAACAGAACACCACACACACACUCCUGGUAGAACAGAACACCACACACACACCCCUGGUAGAACAGAACACCACACACACACCCCUGGUAGAACAGAACACCACACACACACCCCUGGUAGAACAGAACACCACACACACACCCCUGGUAGAACAGAACACCACACACACACCCCUGGUAGAACAGAACACCACACACACACCCCUGGUAGAACAGAACACCACACACACACCCCUGGUAGAACAGAACACCACACACACUACACACACACCACAGAGACAUCAGAGUAGUGCAGUCAAGGUGUCUGGUUUGAGCCCCUCAGUGUCUCUGGUGUCAGGGUGGACCACACCCACACUCUCAUACAAACCCUCACACACACCGUUAGUGGAGGGGUCAUCAGUGUGCAUUAGGGACCCCUCACUAUCCCCUCCAAUAGGAGACAAACAGGAGAGAGGGAUUAAGGAGGUGACAAACACUGUGGGCAGAAAGAGUGGAAGUAGUGAAGACAGCGAAAAGGAGAGAAUAAGGGUGGGGAGCAUGGCUCAGGAAAAAGAGAAAUGGACUGAUGUCGAAGGAAAAAGGCACAAGAAAAAGGAGGUGGAGAAGCGAGGGAGAGAUAACGCUGAAGUCUCUCUCCCCCAGCACAGACUAUCAGUGACACCCACCAGGGACUCUCCGCCUAUCACAACGUCCGGAGUAGGGGUCACCACAGGGUCAAACCCCCUCCUGACCAAUCAAUCUGACACCUAUGACGGGAGCAAGACCCCUGGUAGAGGCGUAGCCAGGGAACAGAGCCUGUCAGAAGAUGUGUUUGAAGCCAACACCCCACAGAGGAUAACAUUACAGAACACUGAAAUUACCAAAUUACCUGGGAAACUGGUAGUGCCCUCUGCAGCCAGUGUGAGGAACAAGAUCCACCAGUUUGAAGCUCUGACACAGACAUCUCAGGUCCCAGUGCCCAACUACCUGAAGCCCAGACGGGCUUUCUCUGUCCCGGAGCAGCUCAGUGAGUCUGGAGAGGGAGUCAGGAAGAGUGGGUUGGAUAGACAGGUAGGUGGGGUGAGGGGAGUAUGGGAGAGAGGGAGAGGAGAGGGAGGGAUUGUAAUUAUGGAUAGGGUGAGAGGACGAGGAGAAGGGGUAUGGAAGAGUGUGCCAGAUAAAGCACUUGGUGGAGGGAGAGGAGGUGAGGUAGUGCGAGAAGAGAGGAAGACUGAUAGAGGAUGGGCGGUGAGGUCUAUGUCAGUGGAUGAGGUGAGGCUGGGGAGCAGGGAGAGAAGGGGAGUAGGGGAGAGAGGGGGAGUGGGGGAGACAGGAGGAGUGGGGGAGAAUGCUGUUGGCUCUGGUACGUUUUCCAACCUCAAGGGUAAACUAGACAUCCCUCUGAAUGGCAAAACCACUAGAGACACUCUGAGAGACUUUUCCAUUGAUGAGCCAGACCUCCCCAAUCACACAGUCACACCCCAGGACUGGAGUAGGAGAGGCACCAACACAAAGACUACUACAGUCACUGCCAAGGACCCUUCAUCCUCCCAGCUGUCUAACUCUAUGAAAAACUCCAAUGACGUUCCAGGUGGCCCUGACCAGUCUAGGAGGCCUCACAGUAGAGACUCACCUAACCUGCCAUCUCCAGUGAGCGAUGACGACAAGACACCCACCAACACCCCCCAGAACUCCCCCUUCCACCCCCAGAACACACCUCCCACCUCCCCACACCUCCCCACUACUUCCCUGCAGCCUAAACACCAACAGGGUGUAGAUUCAGACCUGGCUGCCCUGAAGAACCCUCCAGUCUCCACACACACAGCCCAGGGUAGGGUCACUACUGACCCUGCUAUCCCAGUCUCACACUCUGGCCUGGGGAGGGAUUCCCUGUCCCUUCUCCUCACCUCCUCCUCCCCCAGCAGCCUACCCCUCCUCCCCACUCUGGCUCGAUGGAACUCAGAGGAGGGGGGAUGGAGUGAUGAGGAUACUGAUGAUGAAGGUACAGAGAAGGACGAGGACUCCACCUACGACUCAGACUCUGCUGAAUCCUCGGUGACCGUCACCAGCGCCAUGAGCCAAUCACAUCGCAGGAGCUUCUCUCUCAGUCUGGCAGAGCUGUGUAACUUCGGAGAGGUGGACUAUGAUCCCCAGUCUUCCUCUGACAGUGAGGAGUGGCCGUCCAGCCGGUCAGCCAGCCGGUCAGCCAGCCGGUCAGCCAGCCUGUCGUCUGACGUGUCGGCACUGUCCUGUGUGUCUGUCCUGGGCAGUGAUGAGCUGAACCGCCUGCUGGACGACGUAAAGGGCCUGGGGGACACAACGCUGCAGAACUAUGAGGAUGUCCAGGUGGUGGUUCUCCAUAAGGAUGUUGGUGUGGGACUGGGCUUCACCAUGGCAGGAGGAGUGGACCAGAACAAACCUGUCAUUGUCCAUAAGGUGUUCCCGGCAGGGGUGGCUGCUAAGGAGGGAUCCAUCCAGGAGGGAGACAAGGUCCUGUCAAUCAACGGCACAGCGCUGUGUGGCUCCUCCCACUGGGAGGUGCUGAGGACACUAAGGAGGGCACGGACUCAGGGGAUGGGCGUGGUUGUUUUGAGGAGAGGGGGGGUAACAGACCCCCGUAAGGGAGGAACAGUGACUGACAGUCGAGGAGGGACACAGACAGAGCCUGCUAACACUGGUCAGAGGAUGUGUGUGAGGCUGGAGAAGCGCAGCAGAGACCUGGGCUUCAGUCUGGAGGGAGGAGUGGGUUCCAGCCUGGGAGACAAACCCCUGACCGUACAGAAACUCUUCCUGGGUGGUCCAGUGAACCAGGUGUCUCCAGGGGAUGAGGUGUUGGAGAUCGAGGGUGUGAGCUUGGUGGGCCUGAGGAGGCUGGAGGCCUGGACCAUGAUCAGAACACUGCCCCCUGGGCCUGUGGAUGUGGUACUACACCGUCCUUACAAACCACAGUGACAGGAAUGAACAUUGAUAUGUACCCUCGAUAUGUUUAUAACAAGGCACUGAAGCAUUGUACUCCUAUGAGGUUGAAGUGAGGGUUGCCAAUCUGAUUCUGGAUAUGUGGUUCGGGUCAACUUCUGCCUCAAGUGAGAGGGAUAAUAUGUAUUGCACCAGUCAUACGAUAACAAAGCACUGAAGAGACCAGUAAACUUUGAGGAGAGGGCCUGUCUGUAUAUAGGGUCAACCCAGGGUAUGAAGAGGGAGAGAGAGAUCAAUACAGAGGGCAUUUGUUUAAUUUUGUAGAAAUAUGCCUAAUGUUUCUUUAAUACCUAGUCUGCCCAUUGUUUUAUAUGAUGAAAUGUAAGGAGUUUGUAUAUGGCUGUAAUAUAUAUUGUGACUAGAAAGGUCAUAUCCAUUCUCUGUCUACUUGCUGUUAUUAAAUCCUACA